AGAGGGCGGAAUUCAGUCACAAGCCUGUACCAACAACAGCGAAAUAUUGGAAAAUGAUCCACAUUGCAUUUGUAUUAAGGUUCAGAAUGCUGACAGAAAAGGAGUAGUAAACAUUAAUAUGAAUCGCUACGACAAGAUGAUAGUUUUGAUGCAGAAGUAUGCUAAUGAAAAAUGUGUUAAUAUGGAUAAACUCAAAUUUUGUUUUGAUGGAGAAAUCUUGAAUCCUAAUGACACUCCAGACAGUUUAGAUCUGGAUGGUGGUGAAUGUAUUGAUGUAUUUGAAACCCAAAAGUAAAUAUGUAUAUAGUUUUGUAUGGAUUUUUUUUUUAUUUGAGUUGCAUUAACUCAAUCUCUGUUCUUUAGGAAGUUAAGGUUAAUGUGCAGGUGAAAUUUACUAGGUAUCUCUUGAGGAAAUAUUUUAAAUAUUAGUGAUUUUGGCCUUCUUUGUGGAGAUGAUCUUUUUAAGUGUUCUUUAUAUAGUUUUGUUAAUCAUUAAAUAUCUUGUAACAUUGAUGCCUCUUGGUAUAAACACAUGGCUAAACAUCACAGCCUUUAUUUUUAGUCCUGUAAGUGUUUAAAGCAAAAGUGAUAUCUAGAACAUAAAUAAAGUAUUCAGUGGUUUGGUUAUCAUGCCAGUGUUAUAACUAUUCAUUUACUGAAACAAAACAGUGGAAUAGAUUAGCCUCCCCAGCAAACAUAAUGAAGCAGAAAAAUAGGAAUAGCAGAAAGAGCAAUAAAAACAUAGAAGAAAUAUGAAAAGUAACCAAUAGCACUGUAUACGGUAGAGAAUGUACAGUAUUUUAAAGUUUUGUUAUAUACACUUUCUUGGCCAGGACAACACCAUCUUAAGUGUAAGUUUACAAGUUUUCUCAACUCAGUCAGGUGGUACAAUUAGUUUUUUUUUUAUGAACCUGUAUCCUUAACCCUUAAACAGUCCAAACGUAUAUAUAUGUUCACCUGCACAGCACCCCGAAUAUUUUGAGAAAAAACAAUCAUUUUUUUUUAUAGGAAAAAAGAGGAUGUGGUACCGAGGCAUCCCCAAUUUUUUUCAUAUGGCACACACUGAGUGCGCACACCCAUUCUCUCAUGUCUAGGCGACUCAGGCCUAUCGUGCUAAUGUUGAAUAAAUGACAAAUGAAACGUAUAUAUACGUUUGAGGCGCUACGCGAGAGAACGUAUAUAUACGUUUGGACCAUUUAAGGGUUAAAGCCACAGUUCUAAGCCUGGAGCACUCAACAGCUAAUACAGAAAUUGGAAAUGAAAACUGGAUGAAAUUUCAGCAUAUCCUGGAUAAUCAUUAAAUUUACAAGUGAGCAAGUUUUUACUGGCUCACUCUUAAUUUUGGAGCAGACCAAAAGUUAGGUAAGGGCACAGAGAGGGGAGGAGACAACCUGAGGUUAGAUCAGUGACUUGGCUCUUCACUUGAUCCAACUUCUGGAUUUUUCUUUUCUUAGUCACUCGUGACCUGAUAACUAUCCAGGAUGAACUGGAACAUCACCCAGUUUUCAUAAUAAUAUAAUAAUUUUAUUUUUUAAGCAUUUCCAAUUUGUAGGUUAGUUGUGAUCUUACACCUCUUGAUAAGUGACUAUGUCAGAUAUCUAGCUCAUUUUGCUUCCUUACUGAAGAGUGCUGUUUUGUUCCAGUCAGUGGUGUGCAAAUAUAGAUUUUGAUGUAAUUACAAAUGUGUGUUUACAGAGGUCAUGUUAUAGACACUGGCCCUGCUAAGUGUUGGUGGAUGUUACGGGUUCUAUAAACAUAGCUGUAUUCCUUAUCCCUGGAAAUUGCACCAUGCAAAUGAAAUUACAGUUUUUACAAGGAUAUUUGCAACCAUCAGCAGUAGUGCUCUAUUGCUUAUGUUUUGGCAAACUUUGUCAGGACUGAAUUUAGUGGCUUUGCAUCCAGCACAUGAGUAAGAUAAUACGUCUAAUUUUGGGGGGUUCCUUCUGAUUUUCAUGACUCUCAUCCUGUAGCCACUCAGGAAAUGUCUUGGUAAUUUUAAAACUGAGAAACUGGUGACAGCCAAUUAUAGUUGCUAUUAAGAAUCCCUGUAACUUCACCCCUCUGUCCUGUUGUCAUAACUAGAAAAGUAAUGUUUGAUGGGGUCUCUGUCUCUCUCUCUGUCUCUCUCUC